UCAAACUUGGCGAUCAAUCUGCAGGGGAUGCUCCACCACCAGCCCCCGUCGUCGAAGAAGAGCCACCUCCAACAUUGACUGGCAUGUUUAUGGACAGACCACCAGAGGAGACACUGGCCAUCACAGGUACUGAUGUUACAUUUGUAGCAAAGGUGGAUUCAACUACUCUUAGGUUUAAGCCCAGCGCAAAGUGGCUGAAAGGCAAAUGGUUGGAUCUUAGUAGUAAGGCUGGGAAGCACUUGCAGUUCAAGGAGACCUUUGACAGGAACACCAAGAUCUACACGUAUGAGAUGAAGAUCAUUAAGGUGGUGCCGGCAGAUGCUGGCGGCUACAGGUGUGAGGUGGCGUCCAAAGAUAAGUGUGACAGCACCACCUUCGAGAUCUCCGUAGAGGCGGCUGACGCCGGGGAUCAUCAGCAUGAUGUCCUAUCAGCCUUCAAAAGAGAGGGUGCUGGAGAGGAUGAGGGUGAACUGGACUUCAGUUCCCUUCUCAAGUCCGUCAAGAAGAAGAAGAAGGCGGUCCAGGAGGAGCCGAAAGAGGACGUGUGGGACAUUCUGAAGAGGGCCCACCCCAGCGAGUACGAGAAGAUCGCCUUUGAGUACGGCCUCACUGACCUCAGGGGCAUGCUCAAGCGCCUCAAGAAGAUGAAGACGGUCGUGCCCAAAGUCCAAGAUGCCUUCAUUAAGAAGCUGGAAGAUUGUUACUCUGUAGAGAAGGGUAAGAAGAUUGUCCUGACCUGUGAGGUGGUCGACCCCAACGCUCAAGUCAAAUGGCUGAAGAAUGGACAGGAGAUCAAGCCCUCAGCCAAGUAUAUCAUAGAGGCCAAUGGCAACCUCCGCACCCUGACCAUCAACAAAUGCUCCCUGGCCGAUGAUGCUGCUUACGAGUGUGUGGUGGGAAAUGACAAGACCUACACUGAGAUCUUCGUCAAAGAGCCUCCUGUCACCAUUAUCAAGCUGAUGGAUGACUACCACGUGACAGUCGGGGAGAGGGUGGAGUUUGAGGUGGAGGUGUCUGAGGAGGGCGCUCAUGUUAUGUGGUAUUAUGAGAACCUGGAGCUGGUGAGGAGUGAAGAUAGCAAGUUUCGGUUCAAGAAGGACGGCAAACGCCACUGGCUCAUCAUCCAGGAGGCCACACUCGAAGAUGAAGGAAUGUACCACUGUUUCACUAACGGUGGCCACACCAAGGGAGAGCUGGAAGUGGAAGAGAAGGAACUGGAAAUCUUGCAGGACAUGGCCGACCUUACGGUGAAGUCGGCCGAGCAAGCCAUGUUCAAAUGUGAGGUGUCCGAUGACAAGGUGACAGGCAAGUGGUUCAAGGAUGGCGUGGAGGUCCUGCCCAGCGACCGCAUUAAGAUGUCCCAUAUUGGCAGGUUCCACCGACUCACCAUCGAUGAGGUGAAGCCAGAGGAUGCUGGAGAUUAUACCUUUGUUCCAGAUGGCCAUGCCCUCUCACUGUCAGCCAAGCUCAACUUCCUGGAGAUCAAGGUUGACUAUGUUCCAAGGCAAGAGCCUCCUAAGAUUCAUCUGGACGUCACGGGCCAAAUGGUCUCUCAGAACACCAUCAUUGUUGUCGCCGGCAAUAAGCUCCGCCUUGACACGGAGAUCUCAGGAGACCCUGCUCCCACUGUUCAGUGGAUGAGGGGAGAUAAGGUGAUUGACACGGAAGCGGGUCGUGUGCGCGUGGAGAGCCGUACGGGCCUGAGCAGCUUCGUGAUUGAGGGGGCCGAGCGGGAGGACGAGGGCAACUACAGCAUCGUGGUCACCAACCCCGCCGGAGAGGACAAGGCCAACAUCCACAUCAAGAUCGUCGAUAUCCCCGAUCCUCCCGAGAAUGUGAAAUGUACUGCUGUGGGAGAGGACUGCGCCACCAUCACCUGGGAACCCCCAAAAUUCGAUGGCGGCGCGCCUAUCAAAGGUUACUACAUGGAGAGGAAGAAGAAGGGCUCGUCUCGCUGGACGAAGCUGAACUUCGACAUCUACGAGUCGACCACAUACGAGGCUAAGCGCAUGAUUGAGGGCGUCCUCUAUGAGAUGAGGAUCUUCUCGGUCAACAGCAUCGGCGUGUCACAGCCGAGCCUCAAGUCCAAACCAUUCAUGCCAAUUGCGCCCACUAGCGAGCCCACGAGGCUGACGGUCAACGACGUGACGGACACCACGUGCUCGCUGAGAUGGCUGGCCCCCGAGAAGAUCGGCGCCGGGGGACUGGACGGGUACAUCAUAGAGUACUGCAAAGAGGGAGACACUGAGUGGAAAGUGGCCAACCCCGAGCCAGUGGACAGGCAGAGCUUUGUGGUGCGUGACCUGCCCACAGGGGAGAAGAUGAACUUCCGGGUCGUCGCGGUCAACAUCGCUGGCCGCAGCCCUCCCGCCCUCCUGGGUCAACCGGUCACUAUCAGAGAGAUUGUGGAGCGUCCCAAGAUUCGCCUGCCGCGCAGCCUCAGACAGAAAUACAUCAGGAGGGUCGGAGACACAAUCAACCUGACCAUCCCCUUCCAGGGUAAGCCUCGUCCAGUGGCCACCUGGCUUAAGGACGGAGAGCCCGUCGACCCUAAGAUGGUGAACGUGCGCAACUCGUUUGUGGACAGCGUCCUCUUCAUCCGGUCAGCCGAGCGAGAGCACUCAGGCAAAUACACACUGGUGCUACAGAUCGAGAACAUGGAGGACAGGGCCGACGUCCAGAUGCGCAUCGUGGAGAAGCCAGGUCCCCCCAUUGCGGUCAAGGUGACGGACGUGUGGGGCUUCAACGCCGCGCUGGAAUGGACACCCCCCAAAGACGACGGCAACUGUGAAAUCACCGGCUACAAGAUCCAGAAGGCCGAUAAGAAAACCAUGGAGUGGUUCACGGUGUACGAGCACAACAGACGCUCCAACUGCACAGCGUCGGACCUGGUGAUGGGGAACGAGUACAUGUUCCGUGUAUACAGCAUCAACAUGUGCGGGCCCAGCGACGACCCGGGGGUCAGCAAGGACACCGCCAAGAUCGUCAAAUCAAAUCUGGAGUAUAAGCCCCCUCCCUUCAAAGGGCAGGACAUGAACUGCGCACCGAAGUUCACCGCUCCCCUUGUGGACAGAUCUGUCAUCCAAGGCUACAGUGCUGCCAUGAGCUGUUCAGUGAAAGCUAUUCCUAGGGCCAAGAUUGUCUGGAUGAAGAACAAUAUGAUCCUGGGCGACGACCCCAAGUACCUGAUGAUGAACAACCAGGGCGUCCUGACACUGAACAUCCGCAAGCCGGGCAUGUUCGACGGGGGCAAGUACACCUGCCGGGCCAUCAACGACCUGGGCCAGGCCGAGGUGGAGUGCAAACUGGAGAUCAGACCACAACCCCCAAUGGAGGAGAAGAGGACUUAGGAGCACAUGGAGAACAGCAGCAGCAGCACUGACAGAUCGACCGACAGACACAACGAGCUUUAGAGGAGCUUUAGCGGCAGCACAGACACACACUAGUACGACUGGUACCACGUCUGACAUAAAACUUGAACAUUCAGAAUAAACGUAUAUAAUAAUAAUAAUAAUAAUAAUAAAACAAGAAUCCAAAAAUAA